GCCCACUUGAUGAGGGGCGCAACAUAGCAAUCAUGGUUCCUUAUCAUCCCAGAGCUGUUGCAUUAUUGCAAAUUCGAUCGCCGUCGUGCCAUUAUCGGUCUGAUCCAAACCUAUACCAGGAUAUUUGUUCAACGUGAUGGCGACCGUUUCCCGGGACCUUCGAGAUACGGACGGUGUGCGGAGGAGAGAGGCAUCACCUCGGCCGGACCGUCGACGUCGACCAAGGCUCCUACGAGCCAGCGCGACGGAACCUACCAUCACAACGACAUCCAAUGCCAGCCGUGGCGCCAUUUCGAGCCCGCAGUCGUCGCAAAGGGCCACCGAACUCCUCAGCCGCGUUGCCGUAUGUUCGGGUCAUGCUCCCGAAUACUCACCGACGUCGGUGGCCGCUCCCCAUAUGGCGUCGCUCAGCGCCGGCGACAUGACCAUUCCAACUACAAAUCGAGUCCAGGGUCAUCGAGAACACCUAUCUUACGCGAACGGCUAUUUCAGCUUUCCCAAUUUUGAUGCGUGGGAUGAAGAACGGCGCAGUGAUGACAAGGAGGAAGACGUAUGAAAGGGAAAAUUGUCGUGAUCAGUCGACGUGGAGGAACUUCCCCGAGGGGGUCCAAUGCUGUUACCGGGAGUUUCAGCACAUAAUAAGCGUUCUACGUGAAUACAGAACAAGGCGAAGAAACAAGAGACAUCGGCCUACCGACAUUUUGCUGCCAGCUGGUAUCCGAGCAAGGAGGAAGCAAGAACGAGAGGGGAGACGGCGCGAAAAAAAUAAGAAAUAGCCCGGACAACGGUACGGAAUGGUCGAUCUGAAAGCAUCGACGUUGAUGAGACUCAAAUAUGGUUCGUUCUAGCGCCAAGGCGUUGAUUUUGUGGGGUCAGAAUCGGCUGAGGAGUUACGCAUCUUUCCCCUGAGAGAUGCAAAAGCCGCGUUGUUCGUUCAAUGGCGUUGUGGGAUUUUGUAGGAUAUCUAGCUUUCCGAGGCUGUUCUAGGUGUGAUACCCGUACGUAUGUCACAAACCGAACCAAAAUAAGAGGGUACAUAGGUUUACACAGGUGGUAAGAAUGUAAGCGUAAAGUAAAGAUACACCACCAGCCUCGUGUUGUCGUGCUUGUUCAUGGACAGACCUGAAUGAAUGUAAAUCUCGGUAAGGAGGGAG